AUGAACUGGGAGUGGAAGAAUUGCCCAAUACAGUGUCACGACACACAUAGGGGACGAUCUGUUAAGAAUACUCUCAUAUUGGAAGCAGUUGCCUCACAAGAUUUGUGGAUCUGGCAUGCAUUCUUUGGAAUGCCGGGUUUACACAAUGAUAUAAAUGUGUUGGAUCAUUCUUCGGUAUUCAACGAUAUCGUCAAUGGCCAAUUACCUCCGGUUAAUUAUGUGGUGAAUGGACAUCACUAUAGAAUGGGGUAUUACCUGUCUGAUGGUAUAUAUCCUAAGUGGGCAACUUUGAUGCACACAAUCCCACACCCAACUACUACAAAAGAAAAAUUAUUUGCUCAGCGACAAGAGGCAGCAAGGAAAGAUGUGGAACGGGCUUUUGGGGUAUUGCAGAUCAAGUGGGUAAUAACGCAAGAACCAGUGCGUUACUGGGAGAAAGAUGAGUUGCGCCUCAUAAUGAAAACGUGUAUCCUUCAUAAUAUGAUCAUUGAAGAUGCGCGUCACGUAAAUGUUGGAAAAUGGACUCCACCACCGAAGAAUGCAAUCCCUAUUCCCACUUUAAGUCGAUACGUAUCGAUUUUAGUGGCACACAUAUCCUCUUGCCAACUUCAGAUUCGCAACAGAGAGAUAAAUACGCGGUUGAGGAAUGAUUUGAUGAAAAAUUUGUGA